AUGUAUUUUAUUGUAAUUAGUUUUUUUGUUUUGUUCAUUUUUUAUUGGUUUUUUAAAAAAACCAGAAAUAACACCACCAAAUACUACUACGCCGAUGGAACCGAGAACGACCAAGACCUUUUCUACGAUGACGAAUUUUAUAAAGAGUUCCAUAAAAAAAAUAACCCACCACAACAAAAUAAACAACCACAAUCACUACCAAUCCAACAAUCACAACCAAACCAACAACCAACAAUCAACAACCAACAAGCACACCCACACUCAAACCCAUACCAGCAACCACACCAACACCAACAAUCAACAUACAACAACCAACAACCACAACCAUCACAACAAAACCAACAACCAACAAUAAACAACCAACAAGCACACCCUGAUCCAAACCCAUACCAGCAACCACACCAACACCAACUCCAACAAUCACAUCCACCCCCAAUCCCACACCAACAACCACUCCAACAUCAAAAACCACUCCAACAACCUCAGCCAGAACACACCACAUCAACCCCACAUUAUAGAAAAUUACAAAAUAUUCGUGAUUACGAACAUCAAGAACCACAACCACAACAACAACCACUACCACAACAACAAGAAUCACAAUCACCACCAAGAACACAUUCUAUUGAUCAUAAAGUUCAAUAUUAUGAAGCUAUGGAUAUUGACUUAAGGGCAGUCAAUACUCCACAACCACCACCUGCAGACGAAGCUAUACAACGUUUAAAUGAACGUUUGGAGCUCUACAGUUUAGAGAACAAUAGGGACAUCCCAGGUGAUGGCAAUUGUCAGAUGCAUGCCUUGUCUGACCAAAUUUAUGGCGAUUUGAACCAUAGUUUCGAAAUCAGAAGAGCUAUUGCUACAUGGCUCAUUAAAAAUAAAAACCUCGUCCUUUCAAAUGGUGCAAAAUUAUCCCAAUUUGCCGUUACUACUAAUUGGAAUAAGUAUUGCAACCAAAUGGCAAGAAGGGGUACAUGGGGAGACCACUUAACAUUACUCGCCGCUGCUGAGAUUUUCAAAUCUCAAAUCACCGUAAUUUCAUCCGUUGAAUCCGAUAGCAGCUCUUUCAUUGAAAUUAUCCCAAAAUCAAUUGAAAAAAAUAGAGUUAUCUUUUUAUCUCACCAUGCAGAGCAACAUUAUGGUUCUUUACGUCAAAUAAUUUCGCUAUUGUGUGGUUCAAAUAGUGGUUCAAAUAGUCCAAGUAAUCAGGCAAGUAGUGGCCCAAGUGGUAUUUCACAUCGUAAUACAAAUGUUGGUUCAAGUAACCGGUCAACUAGAGAUGCAUGUGUUAAUUGGCGUGGUAUUUUAAAUGUUGGUUCAAGUAACUGGUUAAGUAGUGGUUCAUGUGGUUGUUUACAUCGUAAUUCAAACGUUGGUUAA